AUGGCUGCAGAAGCUGUCCUAUUCCCGCCGCAGCCUCUCUUCAUGGUGGACAGAAGUUGGCAAAGGCGUGGCAGAAAGGUUUCUCCGUCAUCCAGGGAAUUUGAGAAUUCGUCACGAGUCCCAGAGAUCACAAUAACAGUGCUUAAUGGGAACAAGACCUCGCAGAAGAGGAGCUCAGGCACUGCAACGGCCCCUGAGCGCGCCCCAUCGAAGCCAUCCAAAGUCAACAACAUACAGUUCUUGAGCUAUGAGCCUCACACCCUUAGUAGGAAAGACAAACGAACCAAAGCAACGAAAUCAGUCAAGAACAACAAGCGUGAUUCCCGAUCACUGUCGGAAAGCGCGCAAAACUCGGCUCUCGUUCCUGCCGGUUCACAAUCGGCAGACGAAGCAUCGGACCGUUCAACCCUGUCCAUCACUUCAAUUUCGAGAUCAACCUCGCCAUGUUACACCGUCAUUGAUCCAGAAGUGAGCUCAUUUGAGAAAUUCAUCGUCUACUACCCCACCCGCCUCGCGGAUGCAAUAUUCCCCAUGUCACAGUAUCUGAAUUUCGAGUACAACACGUUACAGAAGAUCUGGCUGCCAGUCGCAGCUACUGAUGAGGUUCUUCUCCACACUAUCUUAUUUGCAUCUGCUUCGCAUCUCCACAACGUCUCAGAUAGCCAUGAUUUCAAAGACGCGAGUUUGUUGAUGAAGGUGAUAUUAGACAGGCUAAAUCGAAGACUUCGGAACAAGACGCUUUCUGAUGCUACUAUUGGAGCGGUGUCUUGCUUAGCAAUGUGCGAGAACACGCUUGGCAAGCAUGAAAGCACUGCAAUGCAUAUGUCCGGCAUGGCUGAAAUGAUCAAAGUCAGGGGAGGGAUGUCAGCUAUUCGGCACGAAUUGCAGAUGAAGAUUUACCGUGAAAUGCUGAAGCUAGAAGGAACGCAUAAUUCACAACUCGAAUUGCUCCUCAAAACUAGUAGAGUUUCAGCAACACUUUCGGAUCUCCUCUUGGAACUUUCCCAAUUAUCAUUUGCCAUCGAGCAUGCAAUGGAUUCUCAGGCCAGAAUUGAUCCCCUUAUGUUCGAGGAAGAGUUGCUGUGUUUACAGUAUAACCUUCUUAUUCACGCUCUCUCUACUAGCCCAGGUCUCGAGAAAGCAUAUACUUUGGGGGCCCUGAUCUACCUGCAAACCCUAACACGAUCCGCACCUUUUAUGAAGUCAUCAUCAGAAGCUUUGUCAAAAGAACUAAAGCUCUCCUUACUGAAUCUUGAUACAGCCGAGGUCAGCUCCCCACUGAGAUUUUGGUUGUUCAUCAUGGGAGGUUUAGUCUCAUCUGAAACUUCUGAAAAAGACUGGUUCAGGCAACGCCUACGGGUCUGUCAAGGUUCUCAGACAGACGUAGUCAUAUGGGAGAGUAUGAAGUCGCAGCUCAUGGCAGUCUUAUGGGUUGAACGAAUCCAUGACAAUCUCGGCGAAGCCCUCUGGGUUGACCUACUUCCACCUAUGGCGUUCUAG